GUGACGACGACGUCAGAUCGUGCCAGCCAUAGUGCCAGUCAUCGCUCUUAGUGGCUAACGGCCAUUGCUCUGGGCUGAGCUGGAAGAAGAAGAUGAUUUGUCGGAUCGCAAGCAAGGCUUGUGCUGGCGAAGGUGGUCCUUCUUUUGCGUCACAGCGAAUAUGAAGACAGAUAUACUAUCAGUGUGUAUCUUUGUGAUCAGCAUUCUACGUCCUGCAUGCGAAGGGCGCAGGCUCAAUAUCUUCGUUCGCCACUUUGAACCAUUAUCAUAUUCCCGUCUCGCCAUCCACGCUAGCCACAUCAGGACCAAGCGGUCCCCUUCGAGCAACAAGCGUAUUUACGUCCGUAUCCGAGGUUACAACAGGAACUUCCACCUUGUUCUGACGCCCGAUGCAUCAGUGUUCCACAAGGAAAUUGUUAUGGAAACUGAAAGCGGCGUUGUUCCCCUUGAUGUCAGCCACAUUUAUCACGGACACAUCAUCGGAGACCCCAGAAGCCGCGUCUACGGGGCUCUACACACCGGCGUAUUUGAGGGAAGCAUCGAGACCGCGAAUGGCAGCUUCUACUUGGAGUCGGCUCGAAAGUUUCUGGGCCGUCCAACGUCCUUUCAUUCCGUCAUGUACUCGGAUAAGGACGUGAAAUUUCCAACGAAUAGAGAGAAAGGGCUAAUUUGCGGUCUUCGUGGACGUACCGAAGAAUGGAUGAACAGGGUUCUCAAACAAUACAGUAGCCCGGACAACGAUGCGAAACUGGGGGACUCCAGCGAUCACUAUCUCUGGCACAGGCGCCAUCUCCUGUCUGAGAGCAACAAGGACCAGAGGCAAGGAGGGGAGAAAAACGCUACGGGGAGGGCUGCGGACGUCUCGAGACGUGUGUGCAACCUUGAGAUCAACAUCGACCAUCAGUUGUACGAGAAGAUUGCCGAAGGGCAUAAUGAUCGAGCCCGAGCACGUGAACAAAUUUCCUCCCUAAUAGCGGCACAUCUCGAUAGAAUAAAUAAGAUAUACCCUAAGACAGAUUUUAAGGGAAUCGAAGAUAUUAGCUUCAUCGUACAACGUAUAAAGAUCAAUGACUCGUCCAAUUGCGUUGGACUAAUAGGAGCGUCGAAUCCGUUUUGUUCAACUGCCAUAGACUCUGCGUACAUGCUGCACUUGGCGUCGCUUACAAACCACGAUGAUUUCUGCCUAUCCUACGUUUGGACUUACAGGGAUUUUAGUGAUGGCGUGCUCGGAUUGGCCUGGAUUGCUAGAACGCAAUUCGGCAGUGGGGGCAUUUGCGAAAAGUACAAGGUAGCUGUCGACAUGGACCCAGGAAUCGACGACUUCAAGCAAAACAAGUUGAGCCUGAAUACCGGAAUUCUGACUUUUCUUAAUUUCAACUCUUACGUGCCCCAAAUGGUAACCGAGCUUACAUUUGCUCACGAAAUCGGGCACAACUUUGGGUCACCGCACGACGACGGAUACAUAUGUGCACCGGGUUAUCCGGAUGGGAACUACAUCAUGUUCGCAUCGGCCAAUAGGGGUGACCUGAAAAACAAUCGUCAUUUCUCAGAAUGCAGCAUCGGCAACAUAUCUACCAUCGUUGUGCCGUUGUUUGAAGGACAGAGUGCACGUAUGAACUGCUUUCAAAAGAGCUCCGGUCCAAUAUGUGGGAACACAAUAACAGAAAGCGGAGAGCAGUGUGACUGUGGUGUGGACGAGACCGAAUGCAAGGAAAAAUGCUGCUUUGCACGGCACAAUGUCGAGGCGAAACCUGGCUGCACAUUGCGAAGCGGGAUGCAAUGCAGUCCAAGCGCUGGUCCCUGUUGCUCUAGAGACUGCAAGUUCUUGCCUCGCAAAAUAGUGUGCCAGAAGGAAGCGGACUGCACUCAUGCUGUUACUUGCGAUGGCAUCGAAGCUGUUUGCCCAAAGCAGAAACCGAAGCGGAACAUGACAUUGUGUAAUAACAGAACUCAGGUGUGCAUGGGCGGAGAAUGUGUUGGAUCUGUAUGCUCGGCGCAUGGGUUAGAAGGCUGUACUCUCUCUCCCGACGCCUUUUCACCAGACGAACUCUGCCUAAUCGCCUGCAAGAAUGCGAAACGUGAAUGCCGCCCGGCAUGUGACUUCAAAGAAAUGAGAGUACAGUGCGGAAAACACCUCAUGCCUGGUACUCCUUGCAACGACCUGAAGGGAUACUGUGACGUAUUUCAUCAUUGUCGUCCGAUCGACUCCGAAGGUGCCCUUUCCAAACUGAACGACUUACUCUUCGGCACUGGUUCCCUAAAGAGCGUGACAAGCUUCCUAACGAAACACAUCUUCAUAACGUUCCUGCUUCUCAUGGGCCUAACGUGGAUAUUCAUAUUAUGUUUCCGCUAUUGCGCCGUGCAUACACCUAGCAGCAACCCGAAAAAGAAACCCGUCGUGACACUCAAGUCGACGCUCAAACGACCUCUGGCUUUCGGUUCGACAGCUAGAGCCGGACCUGGGGAGCCUGUAUUGGUGACGGGGGAUAGCUCUGGUACUUGAAGCGUAAAUAGACAAUGUUCGGCUCGCACUGCGACUGUGGUGAACACAUGCUGCUGUGCCCGUCUCGUAUUAAAGUAGUGAGACUUAUCA